CUUUCCAGAGUUCACAUACGACCUUGUAUUGUCUUCCGAAACAGACACUCAAUCCUCUUCUUCCAAGACGCACUCGCUAUGCCCUUUCGAAAGAAUUUGGACAGGAAGUCACUCAGCUGGCCUAGAAGACGUGGGAUCCGGAAUCCAAGCACAGCAAGCCUACUUUUCAGACCUGUGAGCUUUUUUCCACAGCCUUGCCGUCGCCCAUAACUUCCUCUGGGCAAGUGGCGCAAGCGACAUGCAGUCAGCAGCCCAGAGCGGAAAUAGCCUCGUGAUUGAUAUUCGCGCGCGCAACCCAAAAGAAACGCCAACCAAAGAUGGAAGAACUUGAUUGGGAAAUGUCUUCCACACCCUUUUUUCAAUAUGGACCAGCUUGGCAACACGCAGGUAUAUAACUAUGGCUUGGCCCCGCCCAGGCUGUCAAGCAAAUUCGCUCAACUAAACGAGAAGGCCACGAACCACAGCUGCUUUGCGAUACGAAGACAUGUCGAGUGCCGAGAGUGAGCGUUCAGCACCUGCGCUGGAUAAGGUUGUCGAGGAACAGCAGCUCUUAUGGAAUGACAACGAUGUUCCAGCAGAAGACAGUGAUGCUUUUGUGAGCCGCAUCCAUCGCCACUUCGGAGAGCAUGAUGCGAAGAAUGAGACAUUCCAACUAAAAGAUGAUCAGAUUAGCAAUUGGUUCAACCCGCCGAAUCCAGAGUGUCACGCCUCUUUUGGGGACUGUGGAGUAACGGCCACCGUCAAUGCCUACGGUGACUUGAUGCAAUUUAGCAGCUUUUUAGGGGCUGGUCAAUCCGGUGUAUUUUCCGCAGACCAUAGCAACAUAGACGAGCCAUUCUAUGUUCGAAGCAGGGCUGAGCAGCUGCUCGAGAUGCAGCGAGAUCAAGUGCGCGAAAGCGAUGGCUACGGCCUGCGGUUUCCUAGCAUAAACCCUCAGCGAUGCCGUAAUCUAGGUUAUGUUCAUGACAGAUGGCCUCGGUAUGAGAUGGAACACGAUAAAGUAAAACUCACUUUGCAGUGGAUGGUUCACGAGAGAACGGUUUUGCAGCAAUGCCUUAUUACGAACGAUAGGGCGGACGAUGUCGAAGUCCCUUUCCGAUUUGCCAAAGCUAUGCACAUCCGAGACUUGGAUUAUCUCCAGUGGCCCGAUCCAGAAAAGCAGCCAGGUCAUUUUCAAAGGCAAGCCCCAAAUGGCUAUGGGUGGGUUUUUGUUCAACAUUUGCAACAUGAUGGAGCGGACAGAGAAAAGAAUAACGAAGCAGAACCAACCCUAAUGCCAUCAGUCGCCACCCAAAUCGAGACAGCAGGCGAAGAUCCAAAGGAAGUGUCAAAACAUGCGGAGCUCCCGUCGCCUGAGCCAUUGGAUGCUGUUGCAGUCGUGGUGUCCGUCUUUGUAGAUGGCAAGGCUGUUCAUUGGGGUCAUAGUGAUAGUACGAUUACCGGCCUUUGGACAAGAUCUUUGGGGAGUAAAGCCACAGUUGAGGUUGUCGCCGCCUACAAAAUGGUACAUCUGACCAAGUCUAAUGCCGCAUGGGAUGAGUUCCUCAUACCAGCGGUCCGAGCGGACGUUGGCAAGUAUCUGAAGUCAGUCCAAUUCACGGCGUUCCAUAUCUCAAAAUACAUUAAGCCAGCCGAAGACAAGAAAACAGAGAAGCCCGAGAAAUCCAGGAUUCGAUGGGUGCAAUCUGUUUUAUCGACCAAAGAUACACAACCACAUCGAUUGCCGACCAACAGCUCAACGGAUCACAUCGACUUUGUUGUUCGCCGGAAUUUAGAGAAUAUUUUGUCAGCAUGUGCCAUUCCUGUUGAGAAUCCUUCUGUUGAGGGAGGAACAGUGGCAGUUGCUCUGACAUGUGGCGAUAUGUCGAUGCAUAGGGUGUGUUCUUCAGCGAGUUUGUAAGAUAGAAACCACUCCUACCCCUUUCCUCUCGAGCCCGCGUCAGGCGCAUUCUGAUUUCGUUAGCUUCGCGUUCUCAUUCCUGUCUGAAAUUGCAGAGCGUCUGGAUGACACCGAGCAUGCUGGAGCCG